GGGUCUUCUAGAUUUCAGCGCUCGCUGUCGACGGUAGAGCCGCGUGCUGCUUUCGUGAUGUAUCACCAGCCUGUGCUCAAAAACAGGCGCACUCUCCUCGAGAGAGCAGAGAAAUUUAUCUCUGCUAUUUACUUCACGGACUGCAACCUGAGAGGACGACUCUAUGGAGACUCCUCCCCGCUGGAGACCCUGUCCUCCUUCCUGUCCUCAAAACGGAUCACAUUCACAGAGGCCUCUCAGCAGACCUUUGUGCCUUAUAAAGUUGGUGAUACCUUUGGACCCACGUGGUGGACUUGCUGGUUUAAAGCGACCCUGAAAAUACCAGAGUCUUGGAAAGGGAAAGAGGUUCAUCUUCUGUGGGAAAGUGAUGGAGAGGCAAUGGUUUGGCGAGACGAGCAGCCAGUUCAGGGCCUGACCAAAGACGGUGAGAAGACGAGUUACAUCCUGUCAGACUGUCUGGCAGAUGAGGAGCCACAUAGCGUCACCCUUUAUGUGGAGGUGGCCUGCAACGGCCUUUUUGGAGCUGGUCAAGGCUCCAUGAUUGCAGCCCCAGAUCCAAACAGCAAGUUUUCUGUACAGAAGGCUGAGCUGGUGGUAUUUAACCGCGACGUACAGGACCUGCUGACUGAUUUUGAGAUGCUGAUUGACAUCGUAAAGGAACUCGGAGAGGGAGAGCAACGGGGCUACCAGGCGCUCUUCACCGUCAACGAGAUGGUGAACCUCUGCGACCCCGCUGAUCCCAGCUCCUUCUGCAAAGCUCACAGUCUGGCCCACGUCUUUUUCAGCCAGCGGAACGGGGAGAGCCAGCACACUGCCCAUGCGAUGGGUCACUGUCACAUAGACUCAGCUUGGCUCUGGCCCUACGAAGAGACCAUUCGCAAAUGCGGCCGAAGCUGGGUGACGGUGAUCCGUCUGAUGGAGAAGAACCCGGACUUUGUUUUUACUUGCUCUCAGGCCCAGCAGUUCCAGUGGGUAAAGAGCUGGUACCCGGGGCUCUUCUCCCAGAUUCAGCAUUACGUUAAGAAAGGCAAAUUCAUUCCAGUUGGAGGGACGUGGGUGGAAAUGGAUGGCAACCUGCCCUCAGGUGAGUCCAUGGUCCGGCAGUUCCUUGAAGGCCAGCGCUUCUUUAACCACGAGUUUGGGAUCCAUUGCAAAGAGUUCUGGCUUCCGGACACGUUUGGCUACUCUGCUCAGCUGCCUCAGAUAAUGCAGCGCUGUGGCAUUUCCAAUUUCUUGACACAGAAGCUCAGCUGGAACUUGGUUAACACCUUUCCCCACAACACAUUUUUCUGGGAAGGUCUGGAUGGAUCCAAGGUUUUGACUCACUUCCCACCAGGAAAUUCCUACGAAAUGAAGGGCAAGGUUGAAGAGCUGGUGAAAACCGUGAAGAAUAACAAGGACAAAGGACGAGCCAAUCACAGCGCGGUGCUGUUUGGCUUUGGCGACGGAGGCGGCGGGCCCACGCAGCUGAUGCUAGACCGACUGCGCCGGGUACAGGACACAGAUGGACUUCCCAAGGUUCGGACGUCCAGCCCUGAUCAGCUGUUCUCUCAGCUUCAGGCUGACUCCGCUCUGCUUUGUACUUGGACCGGAGAGCUCUUCCUUGAGCUGCACAACGGCACCUACACGACACAGGCUCAGAUCAAACGAGGGAACCGGCACUGUGAGGUGCUGCUUCAUGACAUUGAGAUAGCCAGUAGCUUGGCGCUGUGUCGGAACGGGACCUUUCAGUAUCCUGUGGAAAAACUGCAGGAGCUGUGGAGGCUGCUUCUUCUAAAUCAAUUCCAUGAUGUGAUCCCGGGCAGCUGUAUAGAGAUGGUUGUGGAGGAUGCACUACGCUAUUAUGAAGAUAUCCGCAGCAAGGGCGCUGCACUGCUGCAUGAUGCUUUAGGAGCCCUCGGGUCAAAAGGCAUCUCCACUGGUGUGUUCAACUCUCUGCCAUGGGAGCGCCAUGAAGUCAUCCAGAUUCAAGAUAGUGCCGGUACACCUGGCCUGGCUCUUGUGAGGGUUCCCAGCAUCGGUUUGUCCCCUGUGAAAGACACACAGCCCGUGGCUCCGGUCUCUGUCACUUCUCAGGCCGACGGCACCGUCGUCAUGGAGAACGGGAUUUUACAGAUUGUCGUAAACAAAGAUGGCACCUUGGCGUCGUUGUAUUUGAUCGAUGCUGGCAGAGAAGCCAUCUCUGAGAGCUGUCAAGGGAACCAGUUUAUCAUGUUUGAUGAUGUCCCUCUGUACUGGGAUGCUUGGGAUGUAAUGGACUACCAUCUGCAGACAAGGAAGCCGGUUGUGGAGGUGGAGCAGCCUCCUCACGUGGUGUCCUCAGGUGGGCUCCGAGGAAGUGUCCGCUUCACCCUCCGGAUCAGCGAGAAGAGCACUUUAACGCAGGAGAUUGUCAUGGACGCCAUGUGUCCUUACAUCAAAUUCAACACCGAGGUGAAGUGGGCGGAGUCACACAAGUUUCUGAAGGUGGAGUUCCCGGUGCGAGUGCACGGCCCCAAUGCUACAUAUGAGAUCCAGUUUGGCCAUCUGCAGAGACCCACACACAGGAACACCUCGUGGGACUGGGCCAGGUUUGAGGUUUGGGGUCACAAAUGGGCCGAUCUGUCGGAGCACAACUUUGGGGUUGCGCUGCUGAAUGAUUGCAAAUAUGGCUACUCAGUCCACAAGAACACAAUGACGCUUUCCCUACUGAGAGCGCCCAAGGCACCAGACGUCAAUGCCGACAUGGGGACGCAUCACUUCACCUACGCGGUCAUGCCACACACGGGAUCUUUCCAAGAGGCCUCGAUCAUCCAGAGUGCGUACAACCUGAACUUCCCUCUGAGGCCAAUCUGGUGCCCUGCUGACACAGAACCCUGGAGCGCCUUUUCAGUCAGCAACACAGCGGUCAUCCUUGAGACCAUUAAACAGGCGGAGGACCGGAAAGGAGCACUCGUAGUCCGGCUUUAUGAGUCACAUGGGAGCAGCGUGACGGCAACGCUUUCCACCGCCCUUCCAGUCAGGGAAGCCUGGCAUUGUGAUUUCCUGGAGAGAGACGACCCCACGCAGCCGGCACGCGUUACACCGGAGGGGAUCACUCUGAACUUCAGCCCCUUCCAAAUAGUUUCCCUUCUCCUCACCUUGUAAAAGAUGCAGCUGGUAACCAAACCUGAGGGUGGUCCCAAAUAGCACAUCCAGAGACUAGAAACUAGUUAAAUGCGUCAUCUAGGGCUGCAGUUUGUUAGUGGAUUUAAAAAAAAUAAUUGAAUAAAAUCAAUCAUUACAA